GCGGGGGCGUCACGUGACCCGGCGGCGGCGCCCGGCGCGGUGGACGCUGGAGGCCCAAGAUGGCGGCGGAGCUGGUGGAGGCGAAGAACAUGGUGAUGAGUUUCCGAGUCUCAGAUCUUCAGAUGUUGCUGGGUUUUGUUGGCAGGAGUAAAAGCGGACUAAAACACGAACUAGUGACCCGAGCUUUGCAGCUGGUCCAGUUUGACUGCAGCCCUGAGGUGUUCAAGAAGAUCAAGGAGCUCUACGAGACCCGCUACAACAAGAAGGGCUCGGACGUGGCGCAGCCGCCGCCGCCGCCGCAGCACCGGGCGGAGGCCCUGCCCCUGCACUCGUCCUACGACCGCGGCAGCGCCGUGGCUCGGACUCUGCCCACCACCAACAUUGACUAUCCUGCCCUCUAUGGCAAAUACCUGAACGGACUGGGCAGGUUGCCCCCCAAAGUGGCCAAGCCCGAGGUUCGCCUGGUGAAGCUGCCCUUUUAUACCACCCUGGACGAGCUGUUGAAGCCGACAGAGUUAGUUCCACAGAAUAAUGAGAAGCUUCAGGAAAGUCCGUGCAUUUUUGCAUUAACACCAAGACAAGUGGAGCUCAUCAGAAAUUCCAGGGACUUGCAACCCGGUGUGAAAUCGGUUCAGGUGGUGCUAAGAAUCUGCUACACAGACACCAGUUCCCCUCAGGAGGAUCAGUACCCUCCCAACAUCGCCGUGAAGGUGAACCACAGCUACUGCUCCGUGCCAGGCUACUACCCAUCAAACAAACCCGGGGUGGAACCCAAGAGGCCCUGCCGGCCCAUCAACCUCACCCACCUCAUGUACCUGUCAGCAGCCACCAACCGCAUCACGGUCACCUGGGGCAACUACGGCAAGAGCUACUCGGUGGGGCUGUACCUGGUGCGGCAGAUGACCUCGGCAGAGCUGCUGCAGAGGUUGAAAACCAUCGGGAUCAAACACCCGGAGCUCUGCAAAGCGCUGGUGAAAGAGAAGCUACGCCUGGACCCAGACAGUGAAAUCGCCACCACAGGUGUCCGAGUGUCGCUCAUCUGUCCGCUGGUGAAGAUGCGCCUGUCUGUGCCGUGCCGGGCCGAGACCUGCGCACACCUGCAGUGCUUUGAUGCCGUCUUCUACCUACAGAUGAAUGAGAAAAAGCCCACAUGGAUGUGCCCUGUGUGUGACAAACCUGCCCCCUACGACCAGCUCAUCAUUGAUGGGCUCCUGUCCAAGAUCCUGACAGAAUGUGAAGAUGCAGACGAGAUCGAGUACCUGGUGGAUGGCUCCUGGUGCCCCAUCCGAGCCGAGAAAGAGCGGAGCUGCAGCCCUCAGUGUCCAAUCCUGGUUCUAGGCUCCUCGGAUGUGAACGGGCUGCUGGCCGCUCCCAACGGCAACGGCGACAACGGCAAAGCGACGGCGGACGUUGUGGAUUUAACACUGGACAGCUCAUCCUCGGAGGAGGAUGAGGAGGAGGACGAGGAGGAGGAUGAUGACGAUGAGGGACCCCAGCCCAAACGACGCUGCUCUUACGAGAAAGGUUUAGUCUCUGCCUGCUGACUGCAGCCAUGGCUCGGAAUUCCCAACGGACAGACUUGAAUACUCUGGUGCUUAUUAAACUGGAGGAGGGGGAGAACGUCCUCUCCCACCUCAUCUCCCUCCCUC